AUGCCAUUGGAGCUGGAACAGGCCCUGGUCCAGGUGCCACCACUGGCAAAGGCAGCGGACCCCCUACUCCCUGGAGUAGCUGCUGCCCCUUCAGGGGAAUUUUCCAGCCCUGAAGCUGCCCGGCAGCUUUUCAGACACUUUCAGUACCAAGUGCUGUCCGGGCCCCAUGAGACCCUGAGGCAACUUCAGAAGCUCUGUUUCCAGUGGCUGCAGCCAGAGGUUCACAGCAAAGAGCAGAUCCUGGAGCUCCUCAUGUUGGAGCAGUUCCUGACCAUCCUGCCUGGAGAGAUCCAGAUGUGGGUGCGCGCACAGCGUCCUGCCAGUGGAGAAGAGGCUGUGAUGCUAGUAGAGAGCUUGAAGGGCGACCCACAGAGACUGUGGCAGUGGAUCAGCAGCCAGGUUCUAGGACAGGAAAGCUUACCUGAGAAGGUGGAAUCUGCAAGCUGCCAAGUGAGGGAGGCAGAGGCCUGUCCUGAAGUGGUGCAUCAGGAGCUGGGACUUCAGAAUUCAGCUUCAGGGCCUGAAGAGCAGCUGAGCCACAUCAUCAAAGAGGAAGCUGACACUGAGCCAGAAUUAGUGGUGGCUUCUUCCCAGUUUCUUGGCCAUCUGGAGGAAAGGCUUAUCAGUGACCAGGACUCAGGAUGCUCACUUCUUAAUGCAUCAUCUCAGGAGCGGUGGAGACAACUGGAUUCUACUCAGAAGGAGCACUACUGGAACCUCAUGCUGGAGAACUAUGGGAAAAUGGUCUCAGGAGGUGCGGGCACUGCCAGUCCCAAACCUGACCCAGCUAAUUCAGCAGAGUAUGGAGAAAAGCUGGCAGGACUCUCUCUUCAUGCUGCUGAGAAGAUCCCAGCACCCGCCUGCUGUGGUGAAGACAGAAAGGAGAAUGGCCAAGAUAACUUAAACUUGGAAAUCUUUUGGGACCAGGAGCCUCCAGAUGCCUCUACUCUCAUCUCAAGAGAGUUCAAUCAACAUUUACCUGAUUCUCACCCAAGAGACCUGUCUGAGCUGUUGCUCAAGGAGAAUCAAGAGGCCCCCCGGAAAGACCAGCCCAGUCCUCUGAUGACUCAAAAACUCCUCACCUGCACAGAGUGUGGGAAAACCUUCUAUAGAAAGUCUGACCUUAUAUUUCAUCAGAGAACUCAUAGUGGAAAGACAUAUUUUCAGUGCCCCACCUGUAAGAAAGCCUUUCUGCGAAGUUCAGACUUUGUGAAACAUCAGAGAAUCCACAUAGGAGAGAAGCCUUACAUGUGUGAUCACUGUGGGAAAGGCUUCAGUGACUUUUCUGGGUUGUGCCACCAUGAGAAAAUGCACCGGGUCCACACAGGAGAAAAGCCCUAUAAAUGUCCUCUCUGUGAAAAGAGUUUCCGCAGCAGGUCCGCCUUCAGUAGACACCAGCGAGUUCACACAGGAGAGAAGCCCUAUAUGUGUCCUCUCUGUGAAAAGCGUUUCACUCAGACAACCCACUUUAAUAGACACCAGUGGGUUCACACAGGAGAAAAACCCUAUAAAUGUUCUGUUUGUGAAAAGAGCUUUAUUCAGAGAUGA